AUGGACAAUUUCAAUGAUGAUUUGUAUCCAUUAGCAUUGCUAAUGGACGAAUUGAAGCAUGAUGAUGUUUCCAACAGGGUGGAAGCGAUGCAGAAAUUAGAUACCAUUGCAAUAGCAUUAGGGCCCGAAAGAACCUUGAACGAGCUAUUACCAUUUUUGCAUGACGUCGCUCAAGAUGAUGAGGAAGAAGUUUUUGCAGUAUUGGCGGCCAAAUUGGGUGACUUCAUUCCUCUUGUUGGUGGGCAUCAAAAUUGUGAACCGGUUAUCCAAAUAUUACUCAUUCUUGCUUCAAUGGAGGAACCUAUCGUCAGGGAUAAGGCAAUCGACUCACUAAAUAAGAUAAGUUUGGAAUUGACGGAUGAGGAAUUGAACGGAAUAUUUUUGAAUUUAAUUCAGAACUUGAGUCUGGGAAAUUGGUUUUCUAAAAAAAUUGCUAGCUGUGGCUUAUACAAGUCAGUUAUCUUGAAAGUAGACGCGUCAACCCGAAGAGAGUUACUAAAUAUGUAUUUGAAGUUAGUUUGCGAUGAUUCCCCGAUGGUAAGAAGGAGCGCUGCAACAAACUUACCUGUUUUGAUUAAUAAAUUCACAAACGAGAAACCGUUGGAGCCCGUUACUAACCAAGACUGGGAAAUCAUCUCCCAAAUGUUCCAGCAUUUGAUCAAUGAUGAUCAAGACUCGGUCAAAUUUUUAAGUAUUGAUGUGUUAAUCUCAAUAUUAGAAUUUUUUCAAAAGAUCAAAGACUAUACUCAUAAUUCGGAGUUUCUUAUUAGCUCAUUGAAGCUAAUUGGCGAUGAAAGUUGGAGGGUUAGAUAUACAGCUGCCGACAGAUUUACGAAGAUUGCAAGAAAUUUUACAGAUGGCGAUUUAUAUAAAUUAAUCGAGCCAUUUAUCUCUGCAUUAAAAGAUAACGAAGGAGAAGUAAGGAAAGCAAUUGCUAAGCAGUUACCUGGAUUUUGCGAGUUAUUGAAUCAACAUACAAAUACAAAACCUGCAAUAUUAAAAGAUAUAAUUCCAGUUGUUGCUGAUUUAAGUCAAGAUCCCCAAGAAAAUGUGAGAGCCGCUUUGGCUUCCACCAUUACUGAAUUGUCACCAAUUUUAGAAAAGCAAGCGACCAUAGAUAAAUUGUUGCCUAUUUUUUUAAUUAUGCUAAAAGAUGAGUAUCCUGACGUCAGAUUAAAUAUCAUCUCCAAUUUAUCGGUAGUUAACGAAACAAUUGGUAUUAACUUGCUCUCAAAGAAUUUGUUACCAGCCAUUACUGAAUUAGCUCAGGAUAGCAAGUGGAGAGUCAGACUAGCAAUCAUAGAAUAUAUCCCCAAAUUAGCCAAACAGUUAGGGGUUUCUUUUUUCAAUGAUGAAUUGUUAUCUUUAUGCAUGUCUUGGUUAUGGGAUCCGGUAUUUGCAAUUAGAGAUGCUGCUGUCAAAAAUUUGAAAGAUUUGACCGAUAUUUUUGGCUCUGAAUGGGCCGAUAAUGAAAUCAUUAAUAGAUUACUUAAUGAUGAUGAUAAAAUUGAUGAUGAUAAAGUUGAUUACUCGAACUUUAUUAUAAGAAUAACUCGUCUUUUCGCAAUUACAAGUUUGGUUUCAGUUAUUGAUACUGCUAUAAUUAAAAAGAAGAUCUUGCCAUUCAUUAACAGCUCUAUAGUUGACCCGGUACCAAACAUCAGAUUUAACGCUGCGAAGUCUUAUCUUGUCUUGGUAGAGAAAUUGAGCGAAUCAAAGGACCUGGAGCUCCAAAAAUUAACUACUCUGGAAGUGAUACCAAACUUGGAACAGUUGCAGAAUGAUGAUGACGUAGAUGUGAGAUUUUAUGCUAGCAAGAGCAUUCAGGGAAUUAAUGAGCUCUUGUCUUAG